CCGCCCCCCGGCCAUGGCGGCGGAGGCGGGGCGGGGCGGGGCGGGGCGCUGACAGACAGCUGGGCUUUGCGGUGUAAACAGGAGCCGGGCAGGAGCCGAGGGCGCGGGUCCGUUCCGGCCGGCGGGAGCUGCGCAGCCCCCCGCCCGCCUCGGCCAUGGGGAGCAGCCGGCCUGGGCCCAGUGCGGGGCAGCGAGGUACAAGGCCCAGCAAUGGCACUAAAUGAGCCUGCAUCAAAGAUUCCUUCCUUUAAAUGAGAGGACCAAACAGGACGGUGUGAUGAACAUGCCACUGCAUCAGAUCUCUGUGAUUCCAGCUCGGGAUGUCACCUCUUCCAGAGUCUCUCGGAGCAAGACCAAAGAAAAAGAGAGAGAGGAACAGCUGAAGUGGACUGUUGUACACCUAUUUGCACCCGUACUUCAAAAUGCCUCUACUAUAGAUGAAGUUCCCCAGAAUGAGAAGGCUUUGGGACAUUCCAUGAGCCGUUCCAGUAACAUCUCAAAGGCUGGCAGUCCAACCUCCGUUUCUGCUCCUCAUAGCUUCUCUCGGACUUCUGUUACACCAUCCAAUCAGGACAUCUGCAGUUCCAGUGCAGUGUUUUCUGAAUGUUGUCAUCACAGUCCAGUGCAGUCUGCUGUUGUCUUGAAAAAUCCUCACUGCCAGAAUUCUCUGACACAAGGGGUCACAGUGACAAUACUCUGUCAGGACACAUUACAGGCAUCAAAGAGAAACUCCCAUGGGCAGGAUUGGGUCCAUGUGCUCGAGUCUGCUAAAAAUGCAAAAGCCACCCAAGCUCUUAAAUUCUCCAAGUCCCUCAACGACAUGGAUCAGAAGUCACAGAGCACCAUGGAGGGCUCUAACUAUGGGGAGCGAACGUGCUCUGAAGGCAAACUGACCCCAACACAGGAGCAGUGUUUAAGGAUUAACAGAUUUAAUCAGAAAGAGAAGAAAUCGCUCAAUCUCAGGCCUUCUUGUAGCAAUUCUAAGCACUCCUACAUGCCAUCUCUUUCCACCACCUACGCAAGCGCUUCGGGAGCAGCCGAGAACCACCACACGGUGCAUAUACCUCUCCUGGAGGACAAGGUGGACAAUGAGACAUCAUCAAGAAGCAAAAAGCUGCUGCACUACCUCUUCUCCUUCUCCCACAGCUCAAGUGCCAGCAGCCUGCAUAAGUUCCAUGAACUAGAGAGCUAUCCGAGCCACUUCCAAACUGCAAAAUCCUCCGGUGUGCUGGUGGAAAGCCCGGGCUUCUGCUCUGAUGACAUGGGGGACGACGACGUAUUUGAGGACAGUGCCUCCGUGAGGUUGAAAGGAAAAGAGCUGCGGGCACCACUCUGUUCAGUUGAGAAAGACAGUGACCUAGACUGCCCUUCUCCCCUGUCAGAAAAAUUCCCCCCUCUUUCCCCUCUCUCCACGUCGGGAGAUGCCUGCAGGAUAUGUCACUGUGAAGGAGAUGACGAGAGCCCCUUGAUUACCCCCUGUCACUGCACAGGAAGUCUUCAUUUUGUGCACCAAACCUGCCUGCAGCAGUGGAUCAAGAGCUCAGACACCCGAUGUUGUGAACUCUGCAAGUAUGAGUUCAUCAUGGAGACCAAAUUAAAGCCUCUACGAAAGUGGGAGAAGUUGCAUAUGACGGCCAGUGAGAGGAGGAAGAUCAUGUGCUCUGUAACAUUCCAUAUCAUUGCCAUCACCUGCGUCGUGUGGUCUCUGUAUGUCCUUAUAGACAGGACUGCUGAAGAGAUUAAACAGGGACAGACUACUGCAUGGAGAAAGGUGUCUGGAAGUGGGAAGCUGCCACCUGGUCCUGUUGCUUUUCCCAUCAUAGGGAACAUGCUGCAGUUGAAUAUAAAGAACUUGCCCCAAGCUGUACGUGAGCUCAGUGCAAAGUACGGCCCGGUUUUCACAAUAUGCUUAGGCUCACAGCGGGUUGUGGUGCUGUAUGGACUGGAGGCUCUGAAGGAAGCUCUGAUUGAUCAAGGGGAUGAGUUCAGUGGAAGAGGAAAACUGGCACUGGCUGACAAGAUUGCCAAAGGAGCAGGCAUUAUUUUCAGCAAUGGGGAGCGGUGGAAGCAGCUUCGCCGAUUUGCCCUCACCACGCUCAGAAACUUUGGGAUGGGGAAGAAAAGCAUUGAGGAACGGAUCCAGGAGGAAGCCUGUUUUCUGGUGGAAAGGCUCAGAAACACACACGAGCGACCCUUUGACCCCAUCAUCCCUCUCACCCAUGCUGUCUCCAACAUCAUCUGCUCCAUUGUCUUUGGGAACCGGUUUGACUAUGAAGAUCAGAAGUUUCUGACAUUCAUUCAUCUCACAGAGGAAAACAAUAAACUCUUCCGCUCUUUCCUGGGACAGCUGUACAAUUUUUUCCCAACUCUCAUGGAUUAUAUACCUGGGCCUCACCAGAAGUUAGUUAAAAAUUCAGAGAAGUUUAGAAGAUUUGUUCUGGAGAGAGUGAAGAUGCACAAAGAGUCUUUGGAUCUCAGCUGCCCUCGAGACUUCAUCGAUGCUUUCCUCAUCAAAAUGGAACAGGAACGACAGAACGGCCAGUCAGAAUUCAACACUGAUAACUUGGUAAGAAGCACAUUGGAUUUAUUCUUUGCUGGAACAGGGACAUCCAGUACCACCCUGAGACAUGGACUCCUGAUUCUUCUGAAAUACCCAGAAAUAGAAGCGAAAGUUCAUGAAGAGAUUGACCGUGUGAUUGGCCGAAGCCGAAGCCCCUGCAUGGCGGACCGAAGCCAGAUGCCCUACACAGAUGCUGUGUUACAUGAAGUGCAGAGAAUCAUUAACCUUGUCCCAAUGGGUGUCCCACACACAGUGACCAGAGACACUCAUUUCAGACAAUAUGUUAUCCCCAAGGGCACCACUAUAUUCCCUGUCCUGCAAUCAGUCCUACAUGACAGCAAAGAAUUUCCAAAGCCAGAGCAAUUUAACCCGGGACAUUUCUUGAAUGAAAAUGGUGCCUUUAAGAAGAGUGACUUCUUCAUGCCUUUUUCUGCAGGGAAACGGAUUUGCUUGGGAGAGGGUCUGGCUCGGAUGGAGAUAUUUUUGUUACUGACAACGAUUUUGCAGAAUUUUACCUUGAAAUCUCUCGUUGAACCCAAGGACGUUGAUAUAACUCCAGUGACGAGUUUUGUGUCAAAUGCACCAAAACCAUACCAGCUCUGUGUUUUGCCUCGAUAAAGACUAUGAAAAGCCACCUCAAUGACCUUGAAUGAAUUUGGUUGUCUCUGGUCCUGGAUUCAUUAAUACAGAAAUGAACUCCUUGUGUUGUAACAGAGACAGAUAAAUAACCCAGCUUUGUAAGUAACUGGGACUUAAUAAAAUUAAGUGUAAUACCAGAAAUAAAUAUAUAAUGGCCCCCAGCCAGGUAUAGUAACCCUGCAGUGUUCUCAGAUGUGACCAGUUUUGACAAAAGCAGGGUAAGCUUUCAGUUCAUUUGUGUGGUAGUUCAUUUCCGGUGUAGCAUUUUGGAAGCUUAGCUUGGCAUGUGCCAGCUCCUGUACAAUACAUUGAGGUGGCUGCAGACUUUUUUUUAUCCCCCAGACCUCAUCUUGUCUUACAAAUAAAUAUGCUGUAAUUGAAACAGGCUGAAAAAGAA